AUGAAUAUUCUAAUAUUUCUUAAUUUAUAUUUAAUUUCGACUAUUGAUAUAUGUUGGGGAUGGUGGAGUAAUGAUGCUACUAUUACAAUAGAAAAUAAAAUUAGAAUAACUGGAAAAGAGUACAGUACACCUUCUGGAAAAAAAUACGGAGCUUUCAUGGGAAUUCCCUAUGCUGAGCCUCCAACAGUCGACAAACGAUUUAAAUCGCCAAUAAUGAAAAACAUUGCUGACAGUUUAACAGCGAAAAAAUUGGGAAGAAAUGAAGAUUGCCUAUUUCUGAACGUUUAUGUACCCUGGCCAAAGAAGGAUGAUCAAAAACUUCCAGUCAUGUUUUGGGUGCACGGUGGAUCCUUCAAUAAAGGAAACGGUGGAUGGCAGUAUUAUGGACCUGAUUACUUAAUCGAACAAGACGUUAUAGUUGUAACAAUAAAUUAUCGUCUUGGAAUAUUAGGCUUCUUGUCAGCACCCGACAUUGGUAUACAUGGAAACAUGGGUCUGAAAGAUCAGAGAGAAGCUUUAAAAUGGGUCAAUAAAUAUAUUGACAAAUUUGGAGGCGACAAAGACAGAAUAACUAUUUUUGGAGAAUCUGCAGGAGCUGGUAGUAUUCAUUAUCUGAUGAUGGACUCGACUACACAAAAUUUAUAUAAAAGAGCAAUUCUGCAAAGCGGUUCAGCUCUUAAUCCUUGGGCUUAUCAAUUUCAACCGAAAGAAGUAAAAGAUUUUCUUUAA